UUAAAGAAAAGAAAGACAAUUCUCCUUUUGGGAUUAGCCAUAGCAUGUGUCCUAAUGAACAUCUAUGUUUACACAUUUAAAAGCAAGACCAAAGUUGGGAACAUUAUUGGAAAUAUCUUUGAUUUUAAGCAAACUAUUUUGCCCGACUAUAAAUAUAAUGGCACAAUAACUUCCGCAACCAUAAUAAAUAUAAUUAUUGGACUUAAUGUAACUCUACGUGAACCAUGUACAACACUAUCAACUUCUGAACUAGGAAAUGCUUCCAGAGUAGAGGCAAAGGGCAAUACCAAUCAAUAUAACUUUGUGUACAAAAUAGUUCCAAAAGUUGAUUGCUCCUAUUCAGAACUAGUUAUCUGUGUCGAUGGGAGUAGAAACAAUAAUUACACAAGACAGGCCAUAAGAAAGACUUGGGGAAGCUACGCCAAUGUCAGUAGCAACAAAGCUGCUUUGAUCUUUUUUCUGGGCUCUGAACAUCCAUCAACCAACGGUUCUCAAUCUAUACAACAUUUCAUUGAUAAAGAAGCAGAGCUGUAUGGAGACAUAUUGCAAGAAGAUUAUAUUGAUGACUAUAAAAACUUGACAUUUAAAACACUAUCGAUUCUGAAAUGGGUCACUUCACGGUGUCCAGGAAGUGAAUUUGUUCUAAAAGCAGACGAUGACAUGUAUGUAAAUGUCCCCUUGCUGGUGCAGAACUUAAAAAAUAUAUCUCAGACUAAAGGAAACGAUUAUCCGUUUGUUUUUGGCUUUGUCAUCAACAAUAUUAUACCACACAGAAAUCCAUCAUCUAAAUGGUACACAUCAGAGAUUGAGUACAAAGAAAAUACCUACCCCAGAUUUACUUCCGGUACAGCCUACGCCAUGACAACUUCCGCUGCCAAACGUCUUUACAAGGCUUCCUUCCAAGUCCCAUUUUUUUGGUUAGAGGAUGUCUACAUCACAGGGCUGUGUGCUAGAAAGGCCGAUGUCGAGGUCAUUCAUAGUAAUCUAUUCUCUAACGAGAAACGGUAUCCGUCAGGAUGUACUUUCCAGAGCACAAUCUCAGGCCACUGGUAUACAGACACUGAAAUGGAACGUAUCUACACAGAACUUCUUAGCCCGACCUCUAGGUGCCUGUAAUUAUGUUCACUGCUUCAUUUACAUACUAGAGACCUAUUAACUCUGUACAGAUACAAAGGAUGUUCAUUCUACGUUUGGUAACUUAGAUUCGUAUUGGUAAGUUUGUUUGUUUGUUUUGUUUUUGUUUCUGCAAAUAGAACGUGUUACUAAAGUGUUACAUAGUUUCUUUCCCGGUUAAUGUUGUUGUUGUUUGUUUGUUUGUUGUAAUAUUUAUAGUAUUACUAGCCCACAACCUGGUCGCCAGUUUUUGCUGCUAGAUUUCAUUAUAGACAAAUAUAUCCCCUUAUUUAAUUUUUUUUUUGGCUGACAAUUCUGGUAAAUAUCU